ACAACAUGUGGUUAACCCCUUAGAUUGAUUUCAGUUUGGGACGUUUGAAGUGGUGAUUAAUGCGAUCGUUGACUAUGAUUUUCGGCGGCUCCACCGAUAUCGCAUCCACAUAACCGCUUUGCUAACCGUUCUGAACAUUGCCGGCAGCAUCCCACUGUGCACAUCAGGAGGAUACUACAUCUUUAUGUUGACCGACUGGUAUAUCGCAAACUUCAGCAUCGUGUUCGUUGCCCUGUUGGAGACGAUCAUCAUUUCUUGGAUAUACGGGAGGAUACUACAUCUUUAUGUUGACCGACUGGUAUAUCGCAAUCUUCAGCAUCGUGUUCGUUGCCCUGUUGAAGACGAUCAUCAUUUCUUGGAUAUACGGUGCAAACCGUUUCAGCCAAGACAUAGAGAUGAUGACAGGCAACCGCCCGCCUCUGUUAGUCCGAAUCGUCUGGUCCAUAAUCAUACCAUUAUUCAUAUCCACCAUUCUGAUCACCUCUGCGGUCAACUUCGGUGUACCAUCGCCUUUGCUCCGCUUAUCAGCAUAUUUGUUGUUGCGUCUUCUUUGGUGGCUAUUAAAGGCACGGGUACAAUAACAGAGAGAGUCUGCCAGCUAUCGCGACCAGCACCAGGAUGGUACCCGAACGACAAGAAAGCUGAGCACAUAUUCAAAAGCAAGUCAUAUACAUACCGAAAAACACAACUAGAAAGAAUCAUACACGAUGUGUUAGGGUUGCGAUCUAACUCUAAGCAGCAAACGAUUCCAGUAUAUGAUCAUUAAUGUCUUUCUCAGAAGUGUAAUUUGUGUUGAUGUCUGCGUCAUAUUUUAAACGAAACUGGUUGAAUAAAGCCAGAACAUUUUAUUUCGUAUAUCAAUACUUUGGUUUUUAUAAUUUAAUAUAUGAGGGUUUUGAUUUACAUACCUACAUUUUAAACUGCAUUGUGUGUGGCAUUUUGUGAUGUUGGUCCAUGUUUCUGGUUCAACCUUGUGAUUGUUAGUUUUUGUGUUCUAUGUCUUUGGCUUUAACCCUGUGCCAUAAAACGGGGAUUAUUAUA